CGACUUCCCUGAUCAACCCAAGUCUUCUCAACCGAGUCAACAUGACUGACACAAUCUCUCCUCCGCCAGCUACGCAUGCUCAAUCACCCGUCACCCCCAUCAACCUCGUCCUUCUGACCGUCUUUGUCAUCCUCGUCUACCUCCGCCUCAAGCCCUCGGCUCCUCAAGUCCUCCCACGCGCUCCACCGCCCACCGUCUUCCGCACCUUUACCCCGCCCGAGCUCUUCCCUUACAAUGGCCUGAAUGGCAUGCCUGUGUAUCUCGCUGUGCGCGGACGUGUCUUUGAUGUCACCUCUGGGCGCAAUUUUUACGGUCCGGGCGGUCCGUAUGCGAACUUUGCCGGGCGAGAUGCGAGUCGUGGGCUGGCGAGUGGCAGUUUCGAUGAGGAGAUGUUGACUAAGGACCUAGAUGGGCCGCUGGACACACUUCAGGAUUUGGAUGAUGAGCAGAAGGAUGCAAUGAGGGGGUGGGAGGAGAGGUUCGAGGAGAAAUAUCUGGUCGUGGGGAAGUUGGUGCCAGUUGGAAGCGCCGAGGCGGAGGCUGCUAAGGCACAACAGUGAGAAGACGGCCUGAUGAGUGAGUGACUUCGACAAGAUGGCGGAUCGAUAUGUGGGCACGACCAAAAGGUGAGAAUCUGGCA